GCGCCCGGGAGCGAAGGAGAGUAAAUACAACAGGAGCGCAAAAUGGCGGAACCGCCGAGCACAGUGCACGGCGCCCCCGCCGCUACCGCCGUUUCGGAGAAAGAACCCUUUGGCAAGCUGCAACUCCCCCCUCGGGACCCAUCGGGUCCUCUGUCCGCCAAGAAGAUCCGGACUGAGGAAAAGAAAACGCCGAGGAGGCUGAACGGAGAAGGAAGCAGCGGCGGGAACAGCAGGCUGUUGCAGUCGCCCGCGACACCUUCGCCUCAGAGCUAUGGCAGCUCUGGUUCUUGGAGCUUCGCCGCUCUGUCUGCUGUCCCUACCCCAUCCUCCUCUCGGAGCAAUUUCUCUUUCUCCUCUGGCACUGCUGUCCCCUCCUCAGCCUCCGCUUCCUCGUCUCAGCCCGUGCCGCGCAAACUGCUGGUUCCUCCUACGCUGCUGCACGCUCAACCUCACCAUCUCCUGCUGCCGGCCGCCGCCUCCUCGGCCAACGCCAAGCCGCGCAGACCCAAGGAAAAGCGAGAGAAGGAAAGGAGGAGGCACGGCCUCGGAGGGGCGGGCGAGGCCGGCGGGGCUGCCCGCGAGGAGAACGGGGAGAUGAAGCCGCUGCAGCGAGAUAAAAUCAAAGACAAAAUUAAGGAGAGAGAUAAAGAAAAGGAGAGAGAAAAAAAGAAGCAUAAAGUAAUGAAUGAGAUCAAGAAAGAAAAUGGAGAAGUUAAGAUUUUGCUGAAAAGUGGGAAGGAGAAACCAAAAACAAAUGUAGAAGACUUACAAAUUAAGAAAGUAAAGAAGAAAAAGAAAAAGAAACACAAAGAGAAUGAAAAACGGAAGCGUCCAAAAAUGUAUAGCAAAUCUAUUCAAACCAUCUGCUCAGGAUUGCUAUCUGAUGUUGAAGAUCAAGAAGCCAAAGGCAUCCUAAAUGAUAACAUAAGGGAUUACAGUGGAAAGAAUUUGGAUACCAAGAACUAUGAUUCCAAAAUUCCAGAGAACAGUGAGUUUCCAUUUGUCUCAUUCAAGGAGCCACGGGUUCAGAACAACCUCAGAAAGUUGGACACUUUGGAAUUCAAACAGCUCAUUCAUAUUGAGCACCAGCCUAAUGGAGGUGCAUCGGUUAUCCACGCCUACAGUAAUGAACUCUCCCACCUGUCUCCUGUGGAGAUGGAGAGAUUUGCAGAGGAGUUUGUGGGUCUGGUAUUCAGUGAAAAUGAGAACUCGGCAGCUUUCUAUGUAAUGGGGAUUGUUCAUGGGGCAGCUACUUAUUUACCUGAUUUUUUAGACUACUUUUCAUUUAAUUUUCCCAAUUCACCAGUGAAAAUGGAGAUUUUGGGAAAGAAAGAUAUAGAGACAACGACUAUGUCUAAUUUUCAUGCUCAGGUAAAAAGAACGUAUUCUCACGGUACUUACAGAGCUGGCCCAAUGCGACAAAUCAGCUUGGUGGGAGCAGUUGAUGAAGAAGUGGGAGAUUACUUCCCUGAGUUCCUUGACAUGUUGGAAGAUUCACCAUUUUUAAAAUGUACACUGCCAUGGGGGACACUAUCUAGUCUAAAAUUAGAGAGUCGAAAAGAUAGUGAUGAUGGUCCCAUCAUGUGGGUACGCCCAGGAGAACAAAUGAUCCCUGUGGCUGAUAUGCCAAAGUCACCUUUCAAAAGGAAAAGAACUACCAAUGAAAUAAAAAACCUGCAGUACCUACCUCGAACUAGUGAGCCCCGUGAGAUGCUCUUUGAAGAUAGGACAAGAGCUCAUGCAGAUCAUAUAGGACAAGGUUUUGAACGACAAACUACAGCUGCUGUUGGAGUGUUAAAGGCUGUGCACUGUGGAGAGUGGCCUGAUCAACCCCGAAUAACCAAAGAUGUGAUUUGUUUUCAUGCUGAAGAUUUCUUAGAAGUAGUUCAACGAAUGCAGUUAGAUUUACAUGAACCUCCAUUGUCUCAGUGUGUCCAGUGGGUUGAUGAUGCAAAACUUAAUCAACUGAGGAGGGAAGGUAUUCGCUAUGCCAGGAUUCAGCUGUAUGAUAAUGACAUUUAUUUUAUUCCAAGGAAUGUUGUUCAUCAGUUCAAGACAGUUUCAGCUGUAUGCAGUUUAGCAUGGCACGUUCGGCUUAAGUUAUAUCACUCAGAGGAGGACACUGCUCAAAAUACAGUCAUGCAUGAAACAGACACAUUGCCGGAUUCCAAGUCAUCAAUUCUUGGACCUCAUGCUGACAAUGUGAUUUGUGCUGUAAGCAAAACCUCCUUGGAUUCUAUUUUUCCAGACAAACUUCAUUCUAAAUAUGAGUUACAGCAGAUUAAACAUGAAUCUGUUGCCUCUGUAAGAAUCAAGGAAGAACCUGUGAAUGUUUGUAUUCCUGAAAAGACUGGAGCACCAAAUAGUAUGGAUGGCAAGAAUGUUAAAGCAAAAUUGGAUCAUAUUCAGUUUACAGAACUUAAGAUCAAUGUGGACUCUAAAUUUGACAGCAGCAACAAAGAUUUAAAGGGAGAAUUGUGUCCUAGAAAUCUCAUAAGUCUAGUUGAUACAAGGCAACAUAGUUCAACACAUUCGAAUCAAGAUAGAAAAGAUGAUGACAUUUUGUGCUAAAUUUGUACAUACCAUUAAAAUUUUUUUUCUUAAACUUAAUGUAAUAAAGAUUCAUGAAUUCUGAAAGCAAGCCAAGGACUUGCUCCCGAGUCUGUUACAAAUUAUAGUUUAUGUAGCUUUGUAACAUUCCUCAGUGCCUGUCCAUAACUGUGAAGUAUCAAAGCACUUAGGGCCAGAUGCACUGUAAACAUUGCAGGUUUAAACAAAAGGAGUCUUUAAAGAAAUCAUUUGCGUUAGAGUUGUAGGUUUUAGAAUAGAGCUGACAUUAACAUAUAUUUUUUUUUCUUCUUUUUGUAAUAUGAGCCAGAAUUCUUUUUUGACAGUUUAAGGCUUUUCCAUAGAGCUUAUUUAUACCAAUUUUUUUUUUAUUUUAAAUAUGUCACCACUGUAGUGUAAAUAGCUUUUUAAAAAUCUUUUUAGUGUGAUUUAUACUGAAAUGUGAGCCACUUAAUAAAGGUUCAUUAUAAAUAUGUUUUCUGUUGAGUCUGCAAAAAAAAAAAAAAAAAAAAAAAAACCCA